AAAAUCUCCCCAGUCUGCUUACAGAUGUUUUGGCAUCCCCUGAACACUUUAAAAUACUCCUAGCUUUUGACAGCUCUAUAACCUGUAAAUCCACUUCGCUAGCUAAUUACACUUUGACAUCAAAUCAUAAUCUACGUUUCCAUUCAAGGAUUUUUUUGCAAAAAAGGUUUUAGCACGUCAAAAUAAAGCUGAUGGAAAAACAAAUUGUUGCUAAAAUUUCACAAGUGUCGACAUAUUUUUCCGGUUUAACUCUAGCGCAUAAACUCUGUCAAUACUUCAAAUGUCGUGAAAAACUGAUUUGGAAACACUGUUUGUCGAGAAAACUGGCAUUAACGCAAAAAUGUCGUGUCACAUGACAGAAUUUACCCCAAUCGUUAGCCUGUGUUAAUCAUGACGACAAGGUAUAGGAUCCUUGAAAGCCAAUUUAUUGUACGUGAUUAUGGAUUGAUCUGAACGGCAUACCUGCACAGAUCCGAUGCUGCAAACAUGACACUUCCAGGAGUGCCAACACAAAUAUCUCGCUUCAAGACAUGCACAUUUGACAAGUGCACAGAGAACAAAUGAAUGGCCACUGUUUGUGGUUAAUUUAAUCGCGGUAGCCAUCCGUUUAUUUAUUAAAGUGGCUUUUAUACACCAUUCAAAUUAAUAGACGGCAGUCAUGGAAUUAGCCCACAAUACAAAAAACAUAUCAUUUCUGUGCACAAAGAUGUUUUAAAUUAAAAAUAAAUACACAAUAGUAGGAGAAAAUCAUCGGUGUGCUUUUUUGAAACACUAACACAUACCUGUAGCCCAAUUCUAUAAAAUUAUUGUUUAGCUUAUUUUAGAAAAAAUGCCGGCAAAAUUCCCUGUAUUAAAUUACCAAAUGAAAAAAGCAUUAAAUGAAAAAAAUAAAUUACCAAAUGAAAAAAAUAAUAUUUUUAUACUAUAUAUGCCUUUUCUUUACACAAACUUAAAUUAGCUUUACCCUGUUCUGCAGACGAAAAAGGGCAGCUGAAUGACAUUUUCAGAAUGUUCUACACUUUUUCAAGACUAUAAACUAUCAGAACUAUUUGUCCAAUGCUGAGUUCACUUUCAGAAAAGGAGCUUUUGAACAUUUUAAAACUAUUUUAAAUCAAGUCCUCUUUACUUUGGAUUGCAUUUGCUGAGCUUCUUCAGAAAAUGUAAAUUGCAUUAUGACACUAAAAAUAAUUUGAGAUGACAAUCAAGUUUAGUUGGUCGUUAAAAGUUGCUGGACAAAUAUGCGAGACAUAAUGCAGCUGUGAUGGCAAUGCUUUAGAUGAUUCUUCAAAACAGCCUAUUGAAUAUCAGGAAUGUAUCAUAUGUAAACCCUGAAAUUACACAGCAUCAGUUUUUCUUUAAUAGCUGUGCACACAGUAUAUACACAUCGAUGGAUGGUCAUUAAACUAAGACCGAAAAUUUCCCCACUGCUUGGUGCAGGUUGCCAGCUUGAACAGUGCCAUGACGAUUCGCUCUCAGGUCGGAACCGGUGGCAACCUGCGAUAGGCGCAACAUCAGAACCAAUAUUACAGUCCUAUCAGAAGGGCAACUGCUCCCUUUUGAUUGCAAUUCCUCGUCUUCUGAUUGCUUUUAAUUGUGAAAUUAAAAUGACAGUAAGCUGGCUAAUUUCAAUGAACUGUCUCAAUACUCUCCCCAUUUUACCAAAAUUCGGAGGAAAAAAAUUAGGGACAUCUUUUAACACAAUUAGCGAUAAACACACAUUUCUGUAUGGAAACGGCUUAAGGGCAGAUUUAUUUUGGAUGGAGUGGAUGGAAACUAUCCAAAUAGAACCGCUAGAACGGAAGUUCCGAGACAAAAUUUUCAAUAUGGCUGCACGCUAGUUUCUCUGGCACAUAAGGUGAUUUUAUUGAGCUGUCUUCAGUCUUCAUUGGUCACUCUGUCACACCAACGAUUUUUGUUUUUUCAAAGAAUGCAGACCACCAAGGAAAACAUUGCAUAUUAUGAACAUUGAUAUUUUUGACCACUUUUGCUCUUUUUUGGAUGGUAGUAAAUCUGUUUGAUAACUCAUGUGUUUAACUGAAGAAAAUAAAUUGAGCGAGGUGUAUGAAAGUUUCAUACACGUAGGUACAUGGCUACCGCAACUCGGAGCGGCCACAGAUGCUGCCCACAACAGGAUGUUUUGGUACUUACAGGUGUUCCCAGUAUCUAGCAAGAACAUGUUGUGCAAAGAUAAGGAAACAUGAAUGUGAAAGGUGCAGUAGAUGUGCAAUACUCAAAAACAAAGGUACAGUGGUGCUGACAAGGAGCAUAAGGCUUGACUUACCAAGCCCGAAUUUAUUCCAGCCUCAAGCAAGGGCCUGAGGGGCUGCUGCCUGGAAAAUAUCUCGUUCAUCACUCCUACACCCCCAACCACCUUUUUUUUUUUUUUAAUAACACCUAAGCUGCCUUUCUGCAUUCUUUAACCCUGACCCUCUUUGGAAAGCCCCCCCAUUUUUCUUUCCCUCUGCUAAGUCUGUUUUCUGUUUUACCAUUUUUCCUGUCUCAUUCCUAUUCUUCUCUACUUUUUAGCAUUCCAGGUCUAACCACAAAACACAUUUUCUUGUUCUUUCCUUCUUCCCUAAUUUUAUUAAUCAUGAGAAAACACACUCGCAACCUUCUCUCAGUCUGUGUGAUAAUCAGCUCCAUCACAGUGUUCUAUUUUGGUCUGAGCACAAUAGAAUGCCCGAAUUCCCAUUCUCGUGCAGCACAGCAUGUGUGGACUGCAAGCUUGCAUGCUGGCAGGAACCUCAGUGAUCCAUUACAGCUCCCUCUGGAGUACAAUGAGGAAACCCCUCUCAUUUUUGUUGGCGGAGUUCCUCGAAGUGGCACCACUCUAAUGCGGGCUAUGUUGGAUGCCCACCCUCUUGUGCGGUGUGGAGAGGAGACCCGUGUCAUUCCCCGACUUUUAGCCAUGAAGGCCACAUGGAGUCACUCUGCACGUGAGCGGGUCCAUCUCGAUGAGGCCGGCGUCACAGAUGAGGUUUUAGACUCUGCUGUACGUGCCUUCCUUUUGGAGAUCAUUGUGGGGCAUGGUGAGCCUGCCCCGAGGCUCUGCAACAAGGACCCGUUUGCUCUGAAGUCCCUCUCCUACCUCUCCAAGCUCUUCCCAAGGGCGAAGUUCAUCCUUAUGCUUCGUGAUGGCAGGGCCACUGUACACUCGAUGAUCUCACGCAAGGUGACUAUCUCUGGAUUUGACUUGACAAGUUACCGGGACUGUAUUGUGAAGUGGAACCGGGCGGUGGAAGUGAUGUAUGACCAGUGUCUAGCUGCAGUGGAUGGGAGCUGCCUGCCUGUGUACUAUGAGCAGCUGGUCCUAUACCCCGAGCGGGUGAUGCGCAGGCUCCUUCAGUUCCUGGAUCUGCCAUGGAACACCGCCGUACUACACCAUGAACAGCUUGUAGGGAAAGCUGGUGGAGUUUCACUUUCAAAGGUGGAACUGUCAACUGACCAAGUAGUGAAGCCAGUGAAUACAAAUGCUCUGUCUAAAUGGGUGGGCAAGAUCCCUGCCGAUGUGGUGAAGGAUAUGGCAAGCCUUGCCCCGAUGCUAAGUCGCUUGGGGUAUGACCCACUGGCCAACCCCCCAAACUACAACAAGCCUGAUCUUUUAUUCUUGAACAACACGAAAAUGGUGAAGGUAAACCAAAAUUGAAGGCAACAGAAGACAUAAAGUUCCUCUCUGUGGAUAACCGUACCUUGAAGCAAUAAACAAUGUACAUUCUUAAUGAACAUGCAGAAACUUUACUUGAAUUAACAAAGUAAUGUAGAAUGAGGGAGGGGGUUAGAGCCACUUUAACAAUGUGUUCAAUACAAAAGGCAUGUGUGGGGAAAGAUAGAGUAUACAGUUUUUAAAGGAUCAUUGUUGCUGGUAUUUGUCAAUGUACCACUGCUUAUGAAGAGCUUGUGCCAACACUUUCAUACAACACAGAAUAUAAAAUUAUAACCUGUGAAAUUUAAUUUCUCUGUUUUCCAUGUAAUUGUUCAGUUAAAUUUUUGUUAUUGUAAAAAAAAAAAAAAAUGCUAAAUUGAGAAGUGUCACUUACUAAUGACUAAAUUGGUUUUCUAUUUUUGUACGUGUUAAUGCGUGUGCGUUGUGGUACAAAUGUAUGUUGAGGGUGAUUGGUUAUCACAUAGAAACUUAUGUUUGUUGAAAGAGGAAGUUCACAUUUGCACUUUUAUUUUUUAUUCUGCGUUGACUGCAGGAGGUGAAAAAAACAAAAAUCCAAAGUAAAGACAAUCUGAUUUAUCUGUAGUUUUGUCUCCCAAAUAAAAAGUUGCAUACUUCAUAAAUUUGGUCCUAAUAUGACAGGCUUUAGAUCAGGGGUGGGGAACUUGAGGCUUCAGGGGCAUAUAAGGCCCGUGAGACCAUUUGAGAAAUAAUUUGAAAAACUAAAAAUAUUUCCUUGAUUCAGUUAAUUGUAAUAUACAGCUCUGGAAAAAUUAAGAGACCACUGCAAAAUUAUCAGUGUCUCUGGAUUUACUAUUUGUAGGUAUGUGUUUGAGUAAAAUGAACAAUGUUUUAUUCUAUAAAGUACUGACAACAUUUCUCCCAAAUUCCAAAUAAAAAUAUUGUCAUUUAGCAUUUAUUUGCAGAAAAUGACAACUUGUCAAAAAAUA